AUGUUACUGUUUGUACUUUUUGUGGGAGCCUUUGGAGUAGAGGAGAACACUGAACACUGUAAAAUGCUUGGAAACCCAGAGUUUCCUCUGUUAUCAAAGGAUGGAGAUAUAACAAUUGGAGGAGCUUUCUCCAUCCAUAGCCAAAUAUCAAAGCCUUCUCUCUCCUUUACAGAUGUUCCAGAAGCUCUCACAUGUUCCAGAAUACAUUUAAGAGAAUUUCGUUUUGCCCAAACAAUGAUUUUUGCCAUCCAGGAGAUCAACAAUAGCAGCUCAUUGCUACCUAAUAUCUCUAUUGGUUAUAAGAUAUUUGAUAGCUGUGGUUCAACACUGCCUUCAACAAGAGCAGUGAUGGGUCUAAUCAAUGGACAGGAAACAACUCUCGGGGAAACCUGCUCAAGUCAGUCAUCUGUUCAUGCCAUCAUCGGAGCCUCUGAGUCCUCCUCAACAAUUGUGAUGCUACAAAGUUCUGGGAUAUUCCAAAUACCAGUGAUCAGCCACUUUGCCACCUGCGCUUGUUUGAGUAACAGAAAGGAGUACCCCUCUUUCUUCAGAACCAUCCCUAGCGACUAUUAUCAGAGCAGAGCCUUGGCCAAACUGGUAAAGCACUUUGGCUGGAAGUGGGUUGGGGCAGUUAGAAGUGACAAUGAUUAUGGUAACAAUGGCAUGGCAACAUUUAUCAAAGCUGCACACCAGGAGGGGGUCUGUAUUGAAUACUCAGAAGCCAUAUCAAGCACUGACCAAAGUGGAAACAUUGCAAAGGUGGUCAGAGUGAUCCAAAGAGGCAGUGCAAGAGUUUUAGUUGCUUUCGUAUCCCAGGGUGAUAUAGACAUUCUGGUUGAGGAAGCCCUGAAGCAGAACCUGACUGGGCUCCAGUGGGUGGGCAGUGAGUCCUGGAUUACGGCUGGUCAUCUGGCAACUAAGAGGUACUCAAAAAUCCUGACAGGGACUCUGGGCUUUGCCAUCAGAAAAACAAAGAUCACAGGUCUCAGAGAGUUUCUUCUGCAAGUAAAGCCAGGUCAAGACCCUCAUAAUAAUCUGCUGAGAGAGUUCUGGGAAGCCACAUUUGGUUGCAGUUUUCAGUCCGACCUCUAUGGUCAGGCCCUGUGCUCAGGCUCUGAGAUAUUAGAGGAAAUCAAAAAUCCUUUUACAGACGUGUCAGAGCUAAGGAUAUCCAGCAAUGUGUAUAAGGCUGUGUAUGCUGUGGCUCAUGCCAUGCAUAACAUGUUAAAAUGUGGUGAAGUCUUGAACCGUCAAUGUAUCUGGAAAAAGGAUUUUGAGCCAAAACAGGUUGUGAAACACCUCCAAACUGUGAAUUUCACGCUUCAGUCAGGAGAAAGGGUGUAUUUUGAUAGAAAUGGAGACCCUGCUGCGACCUAUGAGCUGGUGAACUGGCAGAGAAAUCAAGCAGGAGAUACUGUGUUUGUGGCUGUAGGGAGCUACGAUGCAUCACUACCAAAUGAAAAGCAGUUUAUAAUGAAUGGAAUAAACACAACAUGGGCUGGUGGUUCCCUAAAGAGGCCUGUGUCCGUCUGCAGUGAGAGUUGUCCGCCAGGUUUCCGGCAGGCUGUAAUUAAAGGGAAACCCAUCUGCUGUUUCUCCUGCAUUGCCUGUGCUGCGGGAGAGAUUACCAAUUCCAGCAAUUCUGCCGAGUGUUCACGGUGUCCACUGGAGUACUGGUCAAAUGAAGAUUACAGCCAGUGUGUUCCAAAGGUGAUCGAGUUCCUAUCUUAUGGAGAAACCAUGGGCGCCCUGCUCACUGCUUUCUCGUUGUUUGGAGCAAGUUUAACACUGGCGGUGUUGUGUGUCUUCUUUCGGUUUCGUCACACACCUCUUGUCAAGGCCAGUAACUCUGAGCUGAGCUUCCUGCUGCUCUUCUCCUUGACUCUGUGUUUCCUGUGUUCUUUAACCUUCAUAGGCCAGCCCACAGAGUUGUCCUGCAUGCUUCGACACACAGCAUUCGGCAUCACCUUUGCCUUGUGCAUGUCUUGUAUCUUGGCUAAAACCAUAGCAGUGGUGAUGGCUUUUAAGGCUAACAGGCCGUCAAACACGGUUCCUCAGUGUUCUGCUCUGCUUCAGAGGACAAAUGUUCUAAGUUCUACUUUACUGCAGGUGUUGGUCUGUGUGCUGUGGUUAACCCUUGCCCCGCCAUUCCCCUACAAAAAUUCCGCUCAUACCACUGAAAGGAUUAUUUUAGAGUGUAAUGUAGGUUCACCUAUAGGCUUCUGGGCUGUGUUGGGGUAUAUAGGACUCCUGGCUUUGAUGUGCUUCAUCCUUGCUUUUUUGGCUCGAAAGCUGCCUGAUAAUUUUAAUGAAGCUAAGUUCAUCACCUUCAGUAUGCUAAUAUUCUGUGCAGUAUGGGCCACUUUUAUCCCUGCAUAUGUGAGCUCUCCGGGGAAGUUCACUGUGGCUGUGGAGAUAUUUGCCAUUUUGGCCUCUAGCUUUGGGUUGCUUUUCUGUAUAUUUGCUCCAAAAUGUUAUAUUUUACUGUUAAGACCAGAGAGAAAUACUAAAAAACAUAUGAUGAGAAGAAACCAAUCAAAAUGA